UUGCACGUGCAGGAGUAAUGAAAGAAUCAUAGAAAACAAUUGUCCGAAGAGUCUGCUUUUAUUCACCUGCGUUUUUCAACAAGAAGAGAUUUAGGACGCACAUGAUACAAUCUUCCGAGUAAUUAUCCGAUAUGUGGUUAGAACGGUUAACCAUUCGACGUCUGGCGCUUUCCAUAUUCCUAAAUGUUUUUCUCUUCGCUCUUGCUGGAGCACAACACACUAAUGCAUCGCAUAACGUUUCAUCUGCCAUUUUAACCGGAUCAGUAUCAACCCUUUCCGGCUUUCGUUCAACAGUCGAUCUGGAGAAUUCGUUAAGCACCCGGCCUAUGAAGUUCAUGAAUACUUCUAAAAGCAAACCCGUUAUGGCAAAUUUUACAGUUAUGAUUUACGCUACUGGAUCAACUUCUAACUGGUCCGAAGGUGGAAGAAAAAUGACAACUGAAAUGUUAUCCGCGUUUAAGCAAACGUCAACGUCCCCUGAUUAUAUCACAUCAAGUAUGCAAAACGUGUUUCUGAGCAGAACCCUAAUGACACACGCACAAUCUACUCCUGCAAAACGUUUGAAUGGAACCAAUUCAUCAACGAUAUCGAGCAUUAAUAGAACAAUUCCGAAGCAUGUUUCGCCAAAUGAAUCAGAAAGAUCAAUGGUUUCCAAGACUUCCCAAAUUCCUGAAAAGCCUUUGAUUGUCCCCGGAAAUGGAAAAGCAAAUAUCACAGAUGUUGGAAGCAAAACCAAAUUAUUGGUAUAUACACCUUCUCUCGACAGUAUGCAAUCGUUUGUGUCCACCUCCGCUUUGAAAGUAAUUCCGACACACACUACACAAGUGAUUGGAAUUGUCAACACCACAGCUCCGAGCUCUCUUCAGAUAGCAUCCACAACAUUGAAGUAUUCCAAGAUUGUCUCAAAGGUACCACGCAUCGACGCAAAUUUGACAUUUACAACUUCGACUCUUACAGGAAAACAAGCGAACAUGACGAUGAUUUUGAAACCCAGUCCGUCGUUGAUCACGAAACAGCAGCGUAGCGAAGUUGAGACCACAUCCUUAUCGGAAACUCUGAAAAGUAAAGUCAUUCCAUACAGUAAAUCAUCUGAGAGUAUCCUAUUCACAGGACGAAAUGAUACAAUUGUUCAACCUAAACUUGUUUUGUUUUCAUCAAACAGCCUCGCAGCCGUUAAUGAUACUAUGGAAAGUAUUCUUGAUAAAACAAUGGCGAAAGAAAGCGUCACCAGGUUUAGCUCAGUUCCAAUGUUGCGAAGCAAAAAUUUGACCGCAUCUCCGAUCCGAAAUAUAUUCGUUUCUCAAGUUCAUACUUCUUCUGACAUCCCUCCUGUUGCCAACCGCUCAACAAUUGCAAGAUACAUCUCUAAACCCGACCUAUUUAGCAAAAUUGUAAGCAACCGAUCUGAAAUUCUAGCGAAUAAUACGAUUUUUGGUAUGAUACCUUCCAUCAUCCUUCGACCUUCCACCAUCCUUUCUUCAUUCUACAAUACUCUUUCCAACCGCACGGAAGAAAUUGCAAUAUCGCCGUCGAUGACCAUCAAAGAAAAGCCUAAGAGGAGCGAAACAAAAUUCGGAAUUUUAAGGUAUUCUACUCAGAUAUCCGAUAAGAGUGAAGUAAAAAAGCCGUAUAUUACAGCUUCCUCGUGGUAUAUCGGAAAGGAGCGUUCUACGCCGGUGCUAUCGACUCUACUGCCAAUGGCAAUGGUGAAGGAACAACAAUUUCGUGUCACUAUCCUGAUACUCUCAGAAAAAUUUCAAGAAGAAUAUCUCAUAAAGAGCUCCAAUGAAUUUAAACAAAAAAGCAGAGAGAUAGAAACUCAGUUCAAUAUCGUGUUCCAAAGUAUGCCGAAGUAUGUAUUUACGGAAGUCUUGAAGUUCUUCAGUGGAAGUUUGGGAUGUGACGUAAUAAUACACACGAAAUCCAAAGACUCAGAACCGGUGUCAGUUGUGGAAGUUAAUGAUACCCUAAAUAAAGCAAGGAAUACUAAAGGUGGAUUUGGAAAAUAUAUCGUUGGUGAUAUCAAGGUUAAGGAAGAAAGUCCUGACGUUGAGGGCAGAGAUGAGGAUGAAAAAGAUGAAAAAGAGACAUGGGGUCGUAUUCCCAUAAUAGUUGUCUCAAUCCUCGGGGGAGUCUGCUUUGUUUUGAUUGUGAUGGUCAUAAGUCAAUGUAUCCAGAGACGGCACUAUUCUCACUCACUGGCAGAUUCUAACGAAAUUCAGGAAUAUUCGCCCGCAAUUCAUCUGAAAAACAACGAUGAUGUUUUGUACAAAGACGAAGAACGGGUUCCAAUGACGACAUUUAACCAAACGGAUAUUUACUAGUGGGAGACACGCAGUUUAAAGUUGAGUUAUAGUUUAGUUCUAAUUCGCUGGGCUUUUUUAUGUUGAGAACAAUUAGUUGCGUACGGCUAGUGUUAUAAUUAUUGUGUCUCAUAAUAUGAGGCUCUUAAUGAUGAUGGUUAGCAGAGUUUUACCAGCGUAAAUGUAGAUCGAUGUUGCAAUUAAUUCGAUGGAGUUAACACCAUUGUGACUUUGAUUCUGAUCCGUGUGUACACACAAUGUCACACUCUAAAAUGCCGCGUACCCAUAUUAUAUGUAAUAUGUGUUAAUAUAUUAUUACACUUGAAGCUUUGAUAAA